AUGCAAAGAGGGACUGCGUUGUGUGCUCUAAAAGGAAACAAAUGGAUGGCAAACGUCAAACAAUUGAUUACUGUGACACUUGCCCAAGUAAAUCCAGAAUGCACAUGGGAGAUUGUUUCCAAAGAUAUUACACCAUGGCGUUCCGCUCCAAAAAUGAAACUCGAGUACUGCAACAAUGCCGGAGUUGCUGCUAGGCAGUACUCGAGAAACGUGCGGAGCAUUAACCCUUUCGGUAUUACCGCCGCCUAUUGGCGGCAUCCACCAAACAUUCUCUGGGUCCUACCGCCGCCAAUUGGCGGCAUAUGCUAAACUUUCUCUGGGUCUUACCGCCGCCAAUUGGCGGCACUAACGGAAAGUUAUGUGGGUAUGAUUACUCUCUAUAGUACAUAUUACUUUACUAUUCUGUGUUUAAAAUUCACGGCUGUUCUAAUCGUUCCAUUAUAAUAUAUAAUUAGUAACAGUCAACAGCGUGCCUUAAUUAUAUAAAUAUGUUUUAUAAUAUAUAGAUAAGCUACGAAAAACAAAUUGGUAUGUUUGCUUAUAUCGUUAAUUUUUUGAAUGUAUAACUUACAAUUUGAAUUUAGUUCCCUUUAGGAUGAGUGGAAAACGCAU